CGCAAGCGUCCCAUUCGCUUGGUAGCGGCCGCUGUCGUCGGAGCAGUAGCAGUAGCAGUCCUGUUCUCCUCCUCCUUCGCCGCCGCGACGAUGAUGCUGGAUCGCGAGCGCGGCUGGAGCGUCUCGUUCGCCGGCUGUGGCUUCCUGGGCGUCUACCACAUCGGCGCCGCCACCUGCCUGCAGGAGCGCGCCCCGCACAUCAUCCGCGACGCCCGGCACAUCUACGGCGCCUCUGCCGGAGCGCUCGCCGGCGCCGUGCUCGUGGCGGGCGGCUCCCUGGGUCAGCGGCGGAGCGCGGGGCGGGAUGCGGGGCCGGGGGCGCCCCGGCUGGCGGCGCCGGGGGGGUGCGGAGCGGGGCUUCUCUUCCCUGCGGCUCAGGCUUGCGCAGAUGUUCUGGCAUUAGCCAAGGAAGCAAGAAAGCGAAACCUAGGUCCUCUUCAUCCUUCCUUUAAUGUGAUAAAGAUAAUAAGAGAUGGACUGAUGAGAAAUCUUCCAGAAAAUGCUCACCAGUUGUCAUCGGGCAGACUGUGUAUUUCACUAACCAGAGUAUCAGAUGGUAAAAAUGCAUUGAUAUCUAAUUUUAACUCUAAAGAAGAAGUUGUCCAGGCUUUAAUCUGUAGUUCUUUUGUCCCUAUUUAUUGUGGCCUAAUUCCACCAUCAUUUCGGGGUGUGCGCUACGUGGAUGGAGGAAUCAGUGACAAUUUACCUCACUAUGAAUCUAAGAAUACCAUCACAGUUUCGCCUUUUGCUGGGGAGUGCGAUAUUUGUCCAAAGGGGAAGUCUGCCAACUUCCAUGAAAUGAAUGUGACCAACACCAGUAUUCAGCUCAGUUUGGGAAAUCUUUAUCGUUUAACACAAGCACUCUUUCCACCAGAACCUAAGGUACUAGGAGAGAUCUGCGAGCAAGGAUAUUCAGAUGCUCUUAAAUUCUUGAAAGAGAAUGGUAUUCUGAAGGACUCAAUUUAUAUCCACUUGUCCUUCACAAAAAGAAAUCCUCAUGAAGCUGCAGAACACAUUGACCAUAUGAAGAAAAAGACAUUGACAGAAAAUAACAAAGUAGAAACUUUGAAAAUCGAAGUACUUAAUGACCAGCUGAAGGAAAAUCCAUGGCCUUUGGAAAAGAGCAUAUUUGAGAGUCUACCUCCUAGACUUCGUAAAGCACUGCAGGAAGCUUGUAAAGAACAGAAUGGAUUCUAUGCUCAGUUCUCUAAACUCUUCCCGAUACGAGUGCUAUCCUAUCUGAUGCUACCAUAUACACUACCUGUGGAAUCUGCUUACUCUGUUGCUUUACGGUUAGUAAACUGGUUUCCUGACAUGCCUGCUGAUGUUCGAUGGAUGCAAGAACAGCUUUGUCGGAUUGCUGGUGCGGUUUGUUCCCAAGCUAAGAGCAAGCUGUUCUGUACAUCCAGGAAAGACAAUUAUGCAUCACUAAGAAAAUGUCAAACUGUCCCAUCUACUAUGGAAUUUCAUUCUUCAUACUGCCACCUUAAAAUGCCUCAUUCCUCUGUGGACCUUGAAACCUGGCUCUGGGAAUCUUCAUGCUUCAUGCAGUCAGCUAUUGAGACUGCUCCUACUAACAUGCAGGAUCAUUCAGACUUAAACUCUUAUCCUGUUUUUCUCACAAAUUGUCAUGAGUCUGAGUUAGAAAUAGAUUUUGACUCCUCUUCAGAGGAAAGUUUCCAUACUGCUCCAGAGUAUUAAUUUGGAAGUAGAUUCCACAGAUUACAAAAUCCCAAUUUGGCAGAGAAAUUUAAAUACUAAAGAUCACAUUGUGUAUUGCCAAUAAGUCUUGGAAAAAUUAUUUGUUUACAGCUUUCUGACAAAUCUGCCUUCAGAGUUCUACUGUUUUAAGGAUUAUGAAAACAGUGGCUGCUAUACUAAGUAACUGACUACAAUUCUGUCAAAGCACCAGCUCAGUCAGCUAUAUUAAGACUGGUAGUAAACAGUCUCUUUCUGGAAAGAUUUUUUUUAAAAAAAAUCUACUUUCAGCCUACAACUGUAAAUUCUGUACAUAGACUGUUAGACAAACAAGCAUUGAUAACAAGCUUUUAAAAAACAACUCUUUUUUCUUAACAAUAUGUGUUAGGA